AUGGCGGAUGCUGAAUAUAAGGAAGAUGAACAGACAACCCCUAUUCGAGAUCGUAUGCAAGAUCCAUCCAAUGAUAUUGAAAAUGAAGAAAAAGAAAGAAUAAUGUUCGAAUUUCAACAAAAUGUUACGAAUUUGCUUCGUAUUCGAAACUGGAAUUCCCCUGUUUUAGAAAAUUACCUCAAAAUAUUUAAUGACCAUAUCCAUAAAACUGAUAUAUCUCAAUAUUAUGAUUCAGAGCUUCAAGAAUUAUAUUCAUUAUUUCUCGAUUAUUUAGUUCCUAAUAACGAUCAUCUAAUCCUUUUAAUAAAAAUCAUCAAAAAUACCAUUCAACUUCAAAACAGAAGCAUUUCUGAGUACUUAAAUUCAAUUGGACUGUUAAAAUCUUUACAUGAUUGUUACCAGAUUGAUAAUUUAUUUGUCAAGAAGUACAUUCUUAGUGCCAUAGCUUAUUUAGCCUAUCAAUCACCAAUAAAUCAAAAAAAUGUUACUUUGAGAUUUCCAAUUGAAGAAAUGAAAGAUUCAUUUAUAAAUAUUGAUGAUCCUAGAAUUAGAUUCAAAAUUGUUUAUUACUUCUACGCAUGUUCAAAGUACACAUUGAAUUCUCAAGAAAUUAAAGUUAUGGAACAAGUCAUUUGUUAUUGCAUUGAUAAUAAAAUAGUCGAAACUUUUGAUAAUGUAUCCUCUAUUGCUCGUAAUCUAAUGAGAUUCAGAAUGGAACCAGAAUUACGUUUCAAAAUUCUUCUAAAGGUAUUUAAUCUUGUCGAUUACUCCCCCACAACUACUCAGAAUUGCUUGUUUUCUAUAGGAGAUGCUUCCAAAAAUCUUGAAAUGCAGAUAAUUCCAUUUGAUUUAGAUAAAGUGCUAGAAUAUCUAGGAGAAGAACGAGAUGAUGUUGUAGCUGCCAGUGCCGCUUAUUGUAUUUCAAUGUUGGCUCAUAAUCGUCCGGAAUUUUUUGUUAAUUGUAAUUUACUAGAUUUUGCUGCAAAAGUAAUGGAUUUAUAUGACAAUUCUCCAAUGGUUCCAAAGUUCUAUGUUUCUGAAGUUGUUAUUGCUUUGUCUCAUUUAAUGAACCAAAAAGAUCUUUUUGAUGCGAUUUUUAAGACUUCAUUAGUUGAUAUCAUCACAUUUAACAUUAGUUUCAAAUGCGAAAAAGCAGAUAUAAUUGCAGCUAUUGAUGAUUUGGAAAUUGUUGAAAAAAUUUUCCAAAGUGCGAAUUUGAAUAAUGAAGUUGCUUUGGUUCGUAGUAAAUUUGAAGACUGUGGAUUUGUUGACAUCGUUGAGAAUUUGAUUGACAGAUAUUCAAAUCAUUCAAUGAUGCAUAAGCAGAAUACCUUAAAAAUAGAUCAAAUUAUGUCAGCAUACUUUUCUGAUUAA